AUGCUUGCCUCCAAACUUCGUCGCUUGUCAGCUUCGUUCAGGCGUCCUUCCCCUGCUGCUUCUACUGCUUCUCCAGCUGCUUCUGUUGCUUCUCCAGCUGCCUCCAGCGACAACAGCAAUCUGACCCAGCAAGGCCCUCCCAACUUGCGACUCACCACCAAGCUCACUUGUUCCUCGCCCCCAGACGUCGUGAGCCCCUCCUCCUUCUGCUGCUCACCUCGCCAACGAUCACACUCCAGGAAGCUCAUACGCAGCAAAUACUCCUCAGGCACUUCAGGCACCUCAGGCACCUCAGGACCCUCCAAGACUUCUUCCGAGACCUCGCUAGAGACCCUUCCAACGACUACUCCUAAAACAUCAACAUCUUCCAGAAACUCAAGAAACUCAAGAAACUCAAGGAAAUCCAAACACUUCACCAGUUUAAAGAGCCCAAAUAACUCAAAUAACUCAAGCGCCAAUACAAAUCCUGGCCCAAAGCAAACGAAAGACUCGAACCCGAAUUUUGCUAGCCGGCCAAAACAAUUGGAUAACAAAAGAUCGUUUUCUCUACACAUCCAUUCAAAGUUGAAUAAUUGCUGUAGCUGUUGUGUUCAAUCUGAUCAGUUCUGCUCAGACACCAGCUCAUCCUCAUUAGACUGCGAAUUACAUAGAGGCUAUAAUCAUACUCAUACUCAUACUCAUAAUCAUAAUCAUAAUCAUAAUCAAAUAAAUCGUCAAAACAACACUGUUAUGAAUAAUAAAAAUUAUCAGUUCAAAAAUAAAUCGCAAGAUACUUUAACUUCCGUUUUCUCUUCAAAUAAUUCAAACUCAAUUGAUACAACUGGUUCAAAUGAUUUCAUCGAUAAUAAUUAUAUAAUAGAUAAAGAUAUUGAAAUACUACUAAAAGAUAUAAACGAUUUUGAUUUCAAUUUCAAUUUCAAUACUCAAAACCAAGAUCAAACGCAAACGCAAACGCAAACUCAAAACGAAAAUGAACUAAUCUUAAAAAGAGAAAUAAACCAAUUAUUUGAUGAAAACUCAAAAAAUUUAAUUAUCCUAAACAACGAUAUCAAAGAAUUGAAAAAAAUAUCAAACAAAAUUCAAGGCAAAUUUAUCAAAUUCAAAGAAAUCGAAAUCGGCAAACAAAAAUUGAGAAAAAAGGAUAAUGACUUGAAAAAUCUAAAUUUGAAAUUCAUAAAUAUUAUUGAUUCCGCAAUAAUCAACUCAAAUUUCAACAAUAAGAAUAUUUCAAACAAAAACAAAAACAAAACAACUGAUAUUGAAAAUUUAAAUCUUUUGAAAAACGUCAUCUUUGAAUCCUUUAGCUUGAUCAAUUCUCCUGUAGAAUUACUGAAUCACCUCUCAUCCCUCUCAAACGACAACAACAACAACAAACCUUACUCUUCCAAUGAUUCUUCAAGAAAAAAAAAACUCUACGAAUAUAACGAAGAGCUUACAAUCAGAACUGACAAGUAUCUUGAAUCUUUAAAUGACUUUAUUGAUAAAUUUGUGUAG